GAUAACUUCAAUACGACCUCACGUAAAGAUUUUCACACAUUCUCCUCUGAGGCUGAUCACUAACAGGACACACUGCAGUCUGUUCAGAGUCACACACACGUUUGUUUUUGAGGGAAAGGGUUUGAAAGCUGCUGACGAUCAGCACAGGCUCAGCAGCUGACAUGGAAGCUGUAUUUGGACUGCUACUGAUGUGGCUCGGAGUCUCUCAUGGUGUGGAAACUUCCUGUGAUGGCAGACAGGAUGGAGCUCAGUGUUAUGGAGCUUUGGGAGGAAGUGUGGACAUCCAGCUGAUAGACUCAGAAACACCUAAAUGUGAACUGUUAAAGAAUUCAUCAAAAAUAUUAUAUGUGGGAAAUAAUAAGGUUAUUUCUAAUACCAUAAAAGAUAGAUCUCUCUUUAUUCUCAGUAACGGAACAUUUAGGAUCCAUAACCUGAGUAGGAAUGACAGUGGUAAAUAUACCCUGGAAACCUUCGAUUCAAAUGGACAUAAAUUGCCUGAGCGGAGUUUACAGUUGUUUAUUCAAGCUCCUGUGUCCUCUGUCCUGCUGGUCUCUGAGUGUCUGUCCCAGGGAGAGAUGAGGGUGUCCUGCUCCUCUAAGGGAGGGGACAGUCCUCAGUACAGCUGGACUCUGGAUGGACGCACACUGACAGAUGCUGAGAUCCUUUCUACAAGUAAUAAGACUAACAACAUCAUUCUGAAACGGCACGUCUCAGGACAUCUGGUCUGCUCAGUCAGGAACAAUGUCAGUAAUGUCUCAGAAGAACAGAAGACCUGUAGUUUCAUUAACUGCACCUUAAUCAAUGGGACAAAGAUAUUAGGAUGGGUGCAUGCAGACAGUAACAGCCUGUGUAUUGAACCAACAACAGAACCUACCCCAGUCACACUAACUUCUGUGGGUAAGGAGACUGGCAUAGUGUCAGUUACACAAUUCAACAAUGAAACUUCCAACAGUGAUGGCCAAUGGUACAUUAGCAAUUUGCCACUGAUCGGUGGUGUUCUCUCAGCACUGGUAAUUUUCUUAGUUGUUGGUGUAGCAGUCAUCUGUGCUCAGAGGAAAAAACAAAACAACGAACCUACAAAACCAAAAGAGGAGGAAUGUGACCAAGAUGUAACCUAUGCUGAUGUCAGGAUCAUGAAGCAACAGGGGAGGCCAGCACUGCAAGCAACACAGGUGGAGGUGGAAGUGGAGUACGGCCAAGUCAAGUUUUCGAGGCGAUCUCGGCGAACUGAACCAACAGGAGACGAUUGUAUGUAUGCAAAGGUCCAAAGAGUCCGGUGAUUUAAGUCAUCGGUGCUUUCACACACUGAAGUUCCACUGAGGGAUGAGAUGAUGUCAAGAUGCCUAAAGGUCUUUCAUUUAAUGAAAUUUCCCAUCAGAAGAAUAAAAACAAUCAGAUCUCAUAUGUAUUAAUUUUCUUUGCUGGGCAUUGACUCACUCAGACUUAGGUGACAUCUAGGUUAUCAUUUUACGCUACACAAGCUGUGGUAGUUUUGUAGCUAUUUAAUAUUUGUAAACAUAAUUAUUCAUAUUUUUCUACUAGCUUUUAUAUUUAUAGGAUGUUGUGCUAGUUUUUAAUCAUAGUUAGAAUUUAUGGAUAUAUUUUAUCUUAUUUAUUGUCUACAUACUGAUAAACUGCAAUAUUACUACAGUUUUGAUAAUACAGGUGCACUCAUUUAAUCCUAAAAUGGCCACUUUCAAUCUAAUGCCACAAAGUUUUCAUUUACAUUUAAUUAAAGAGUAAUUUUUUAACAGAUGUGGUUAAUGAGUUGUGAUUUGCAAAAACAUAAUUACUAAUAGUUUGGUGUAGUUUGUAGGUGGAGGUUGUCUUCCUUUGGCUCUUCAGUCCAAAGAUAAAUUUACAGGGAAGUGUUUCAGGAAGUUCACAGUAAGCAGACGUGUGAGCGGAUUUGUUUCCAUGAAGUAAAUACUUCUGCUUUUUUUUUCAGAUGUUGGUUUUCAUUCUUUCUUCCUUUGUUUUCUGCUCAAAUCAUUUGGAUAAGAUCGAACCACUUAGUGCAAUAAUACUGUACAAUAACACAGUAGAGUGGGUUGUGUGACACUGGCUGUAAUAUAAAAAGGAGUAAGUUUUGUUCCUGUGUAUCAAGACCAGCAAUCUUAUCAAUACUUGUCACGUUAUGUCUGUUAAUUGCCUUCAAAUGUAAAAUUGAUUCAGAAAUUCAAUUUUAAAAUGUAAAGACACAUCGACUUUUCAUAUUUAAAGUGUACUUUAAAUGUUUUUGUUGAUGUAGAUUUGUGACUACACUAAAAGGAGUUCAGUGAACUAGCUGUAGUUUGAGGAAGAAAGCUGUUUUACUGCAUGUGAGAUUCUGAGCAAGCCACCUGUUUAUCAUUUAACAGCAUCAACUUAUGUUUUCUAUAUUUAGUUCAAUUACACUUCCUACGUGUUUGUGGUUUUGAGUUUAAGUUGUACCUGUGAAAACAGACAUGACGUUAUCAGUCUCUUCAAACAGUGCAUGUUUUUUAAUCCAAUAUAAGGUUCUGACUUACAGGUUUGGAGAACUGCCGAUAUCUAUUCAAAUGAUUUUGAAUUAAUAAAAGGUCAGCUGGACAAAAACCAGCUGAAGCAGAUGUUUCAGCGUUAAUCAGCAGGUGAAGUGAGGGUCAUGGAUGGAAAAUUAUUUUAGCCUGUGUUAAAACUAAAACUAAGUAAUAAUGUUUAAGAUGAAUAGCUGUUAAAAGGAGAAUCACAGUCGAAAACAGGAUAAUGCACAUGUUUAGACCAACUCGUUAAUCAGAGAUUCAAGAUUCAAAUGUUUCAUUGCUGUUUGAGUUUCAGACAGAUGCACGUGCAGAGCACUGCAUGGUGAACCUUUUCUUACAGAUCCAGAGUAAUUCUAAAUAGGGUAAUUUACAGUACCAACACCCUUGGUGUGGGUGUGAACAUGAUCAGGCCAACUAUAGCCGCCUCUUUGAAGCACAGGAAGGCCGAUAACACAUUUGUAUAAACCAUGUUUUAUUAAAAUGAACUGGUGCUGAAUUAGUUUGGUCCCGUUAAGUUUACUGUAACUUAAUGUUUGCCCAUUUCAGUUCCUCUUUUCUGUAUUUAGACUGUUUUAUAAAAAGAAGAAAAUACCUUUCAUGGUUGAGUGUUUGCUCCAAAAUACUGGUAAUAUUUUUGUCACCUGACAAAUGCAGAAGUUGCAACUGUUGCCACCAAACACAUGGAAUACAUUUGGUUUGAUAUGGGGUUAAAGGUUGAUAACCAUGCACUAACUUUAUGCUGAUUCAUACUGCCAUAAAAUUGGUGUUUAUGGUCCAUUACAGUUGUAUUGUCCUCAGAGUUUAUUUUUUGAUCAUGUGAUCAGUCAGCAAAUGCUGCUUUGUACAUCAGAGCGUCCCAGUAUGGGCAGCAUUGUUUUUACCUUUUAAUGCGUGUGUGGCAUAGGAAAUGCAAACGAGUGAACUGUUGCACAUUCACUCCUGAGAAGCUAAAGCACAUACACACCAGGUGAUUUUAUAAUUGUCGUGACACGAUCAUGUGAUGCUGCCUCGCCAUGCCAAAGCUGUUAAACUAUAAAACCAGACUGGCGCCAGUUCUCUGGUCUUUAGCACUUCAGUUUUUAAACUGAUAAAAGCCUUGAACUAUAAAUGCUUUUCAAACAGAAUAUAAUUUAUAUUUUUAAUGCAAGGAAAUGAAAACAUUUUUACAUUUUUUUUCUUUAGUAUUGUACAUUUCAGAUUUUGUAGUUUUAUUGGUAUAUUUUUUUUCUGUAAGACAAAGUGAGUAUGUAAGACUUUGUUUUUCCACAGACAGUUAUAGACACAUGCACACAGACACUCAGCCAUACAUACAAACCGCAUUCACGCAUGCAUGCACAAACAGCACAAAACACACACACACUUAUGCCUUAAAGUGGCAACUGCCGUAAUAAAUAAUGCAAAUUACAAAUUAUCACCGAAAACCAAAAUAGUCCUGUGCAAUGUGAAACUAUAGUCUUUUGUCUCUUUCUGUAACCUAUAAUCUAUAAUACACCUUGUACAUAUUGAAAAUUGUUUUGUUUUUCACACAA